GUGUGAUUGAUAGGUGAUUGGGCUUCGACGAUUCGAAUGUCAAAGUGCCGGUUGUGACGUGGUGAUGCACUGAUGCUACUGUUGCGUGGUCCCGGACUUUCUCAUAAUUGGUAAAGGAUUGUUGACCGAACCCGACCCAAGGAACGGAUGUCCGUGGAUGAGGGGGCAUAUAUGUGUUAUGCACCCCAGAACAAAAUGGUACGUCCGGGUUUGUUUCUUCGAUUGUUGGCUAUUUUCUCUGUUCAUCAGCCAACUUCUUCGCAUCGACACAAUCCAUGAAUGAACCCAUCGCGCCCAGCGUACCACAGAAACGACAUUCCAGUAUUUCAGCCCUUGUUACCUGAGCGAAAAGUGCGAUACUAUCUGCAGCAGGCAAUCACACAGUCGAGAAGAGAGCGGCAAAGUGGGGUGGCUUGUGGGAUACCUAAUGGAAGGAAGGCAGGAGGGGAGCAUUGGGAGGAAAGGGGGAAUAGAAGAGCACAACGGCAGAUCAUCUGGAUGAACAACAUCAAACAUGGCAACAGCGAGCUUGGAAUCUGAAUACCUUAUCACCCUUUUUACUUCAAGCAGCACCCUCUACGCCAUCGCUCACCGUGGCUACCGAAUUAUUGGCAGCCACAAGUCGACAAAGCGGAUAGACGGACCGUCGAGCCUCUUGACUUCCUCCAACACAACGCAACUCACCCCGGACAAUUCCUUCGAUUUUUUCAACUUUGAGAUGGCCCACUCCAUCCUCCUGGGUGCUCACCGAAACUGAGAUGGAGAUUAUUGAGGUUCACUCGGAAGAGCCGCGGUGGCCCGUCAACGUCGCAGCCAAGUGUGGCAUUGCCGGCAGACAUCGCUUCCAAACCCAAUCGCGGAUGCUCCUCAGCUGCCCCACAUCUCGAACCUCAUUCCAUGACACAUCGCCGACGCGUACCGUCCUGUUGUCGCCGGUCACGGUGGAAGCUGUAUCGGAUUUAGCUUGGAGGUCAGCGGCUGAAGUGACAACUCGCGGACGAACAUAGGCUGCCAAAUCUCGAGUACAGAUAUCAUACGAGCUACCAAGAAUACACGGCAUCAUUUGAUCAAGGACCCUCCAUCGACAGUUAUUGGUUUCAUGGCGUUGGGCUCUCACACCACCUGGCGGAUAAUAAUACAUCGGCAUUCGGCCUCGGGAGUUCCAAUUCGACUGCAACUCUAGGCGAGCCCAGGAAAAUACCCGCGGUGGAGGGGAGCUUAUCUGACGAUCAUGACCGUAUCCAGUUGAGAGCUUCAGCUCUAGCGACAGAUGCAGUACACCUGAGAAGAAGCACAACUUUGCGCCCUUCACCACACUAGUAUCAGCAUUCGACAGUAGGGCGACGGAAUCGGCGUGAGAUCUAAAUACGACAAACUAACGUUAAACCGGUUAGCCCCUGAGGAGAUCCCUACCAUGUACACUACGCCCGCUUACACAUAGAUCCUGCUCCCAGUCGAUAUCAGCGCAUGGGGGGGUACAGGUGCAAGAGGGCAAAACAGCAAGAUGGGCGUUGACAACGGGACUGAUCCGGUGUACCUCCCACUCAAUUCCGCGCAGAAUGAAAUCAAGCGAAGAAAAGAGGCCCCUUGUUACGGGAAACGCAUCUUAUUCCCCUUCUCAGGCAUCGCUGCAGCCUCACGCGCCCCCGCAGGAUCUCGGUUCCAGGCACAGGGCCCGCGGAGACGCCCGUCUGCGGCGAGGAGGAAUAUUAGGCCGAGUCGAGUCCUUGUCUGAUUGCUUUGGUAGCCAGCCAUCCUUCUGCUCAAAAGUUCGAGACACCAUCUUCAGAGCAAAGGUCGCUACCUUACGGAGUACCAGGCCAUGAGUUUCGGUUGCUUUCAUUCCAAAAGUUCACCUGCCUGGGCCUCCCUGAACACAGCUGUUGACGCCAGAUUUUGGAGACCCCAUGUCUAGCGCCGCCGAGCCUCCAGCCGCUGUUCCCGUCCCGAGCAGUGGCUGCCGAUCAUUCCCGCUCAAAGAGGGACCCCCCUAACCCAAAUGGCCCCGCAGAAUCAAUAACACGUGGGGACAGGCACACUAACAACCGAAGACAACACCGUAGCAUUGGAGUCAAAGCUACGGUACCUCUUCUUUGCCCGACUCAACCGGACGUUUCUGGAAGCAAUAUUGUCUCGGCAUUAGGGGCCAGGACUUUUGUGAUUUUUAAGCAAUCUGAGACCAUUUCACACAGAUCACAAAAGCUGUUUGUGAUGAUGGCCACGCAAAAUAGCGGGCUGGGCUCACGCAUCCCCCCCCCCGCACUACAACGGCCGCCAACACAAAUAAGCACAAGACCAUGAACGGUGGAGCGGAUCGGAAGGUGAUCGGAAUCAUCGGAAGAAGAUGGUAUUACGUACAGUGAGGGGAAGCUGGUCUUGAUGCUUGUGAUACUUAUCGGCUGGAGCUGUCAAACUGUCCAAUAUGUUAUGUCUGUACGAAGUGGACGCAUGGGCCGUGUCAUAAUCACUCAACUAUCGUGGCGCUAUCGCUGUCAACGUCCUUGGCUGCGACUGGCCCAUGUCUUGGGGGCGCGCCCUACAACGACCCCCCACUCCGCUAUCUUGGCCCCUGGCUUUGGUGUACCUACCCCACCAUUUUCAACCUACCACCACCACCCACACCUCGGUGUGUCGCGCGCAGCUUCACGCGGACUUUUCCAUAUCUUCUAAGCGGACCAAACAACGACGGCGCUGCCUACAUGUGAGCGGUACGAAGUACAUACGACAAUGAUGACGAAAGAUGAUAUCCCACGACGUCAAGGAGAGAAAGAUGCUAUUGUGCUGCUAGGUGUGGAUAGCUAGUCGAGAGCAACCCAAGAGGCAGGCAACUGCCGAAAGUCCGAGUUGGGCCAACAUGGUGACUUUUGAUGCACAGUUCCUGCCUGGCGACUCUGACACGACACCUUGUUCUCACGCCAAAGCAACCCUUCCACCUCCUGUCUUCAACCGCUCUCGUCUCGUACCCGGUCAGUUAUCACGUCCGAGGACCAUGAACUGGCCGGCAUCGGGAAAUCCAAAGUCCAAGGCUCGGUCCUGAAGGCCCUGCGUUCUCCGAGCUGCACACCGCACACUAGCGAUGCAUUUGAGGCGGUAACCAUCACGACUUCACCUUGGUCUCGAGAGUUUAUUACGCUUUCUAGUCUCCCAGGUUCCCCACCGAUCCACACAAGGAUUGUUGCGCCCAGGAAAGGAUUAUUUUGGCAUCCUUGGGCUCCGCUUUCAACGACCCUUCAUCGAAUCAUUUUUCCCAUCCACAAUCCAUCAAGAGCAUUUCGUCUGAUUCCGUACGACGAACCCAAUACUUGCCUGCCGUGCCGGGUGCGCCACACCGCGGGCAAGGAACAACUCAAAAUGCGCCUCGAUUGCGAUUGGACGAAUGUGUGGGCACAAGGGGUCAGGGUUCUAAUAGACUGGCUUUAUUUAGAAGCCAACACGGCUCGGGACCGACUUUGAUUCGAGUUUGGUUAGCUUGCCCAGAGCUUCAACAGUCCCACCUGCAGCUGCUUCCCACAUCCAAGUAGCUUGCUUUGGGUCCAUCAGCUUCCAGACGAUACGAUCUCAUACGGCGAUUUCGUUUCGUCAACCACAAGGCCAGGGCUUGUCCUCCACAUUGUGGGGUAUUGUUGAACACUGCGGCGUAAGGACGGUAAGACUGGUAAGAUUGGAGGAGCACGGCACAGCCUGUCUCUUCGUUUCUUGCCCAAGCGCAGAUAUGAUACGAGUCUUGACUACACAGAACCGCGCUGCUGGAGCAUUGCAGCGUUGCAGCGUUGCAGCCGUCGAGCCGCAGAAACAAAUCAAGUCAUCACAAGCGACGACAACAGGGGUCAGCUAAAGCUUGAGCAAACCCAGUGCUCGUCUUUCUUCUCUUGCCCUACAAGCCCCGCCCAACUGUACAGUCCGGCACACUCGACUCUCGCCUCGAAACUUAGCAUCCGCAAUUUGGUGUUCCCCUUACGCCACCUCUUCGAUGCGGCGUCUGUUCAAAAGUGCCAGGCGGACAGUUGCAUUCUCAGCUUACGAUGGAGGUUACACGACUUAUCACACUCGCAUGGCCUGGGCAUCCCAGCACCUCAUUCUUGGAGCCUCCUCGGAAACCAUAUUACACACUAGCCUGGUUACCGGCCACCAUUCACUUCCGCUCCGGGUCCGAUUCUGCCACCAAGUUAUUCCAAGUUCUUGCUGCGUUUCUUUCCCAAAGUUCAUGUCGCCAGUAGCUUCAACUUGUCGUUUCUUCUUUCCUAUUCGUAUCCUCUAGGCGCUUGGCCUGAGAACCCUUUCGGCCUGAACCAAGCUUCCAGUCGUCUCGUGCCGACUGUGAGCGUUCUGACGCAGGUGAUCCGUCGAACGAUAUUUCACUCAUACCAUCAGCCAAUAGUUCCACCCUGUACUGCAAGACACAAGUGUUCAUAACUUAUCACCGAGAAAUGCUGUUAUCCCCGCCAAGAUAAGCUGUGGCCAAUAAGCAUUGGUUCCAUCUCCAAGGAGGCGAGCGGGAUGUCAAAUUAAUCAUCAUACCGGUAGGGCAGAAGCGAGGCCUUCGUCGGGAGCUACUCGGAGAGAAUGAAACUCAGAACGUGACAUCCCUCAAAGAGACGUCGUCGUUGCCGGAUAUAGCGUUAUCCACUCAUAUUGCGACUCUGACCGGUAACCUGCCCACAUCACCCUGGCCCAAGUGAUCCUUUGGGCAUUUCCAAGGUCCUUGCGUGGGUAGCCCACUGGGUUGCAGUUCGGUGCCCCCUUUCCAACGCUAGAUGACUACGCCGCUGCUGCUCACCAUAUACUGGUUUUCAAACAGGGACCCCCAAUUACCCUGGCAGUGUCAUCUAUAUUGUUUGGUUUAUUCGAUUCCGUGUUUCCAUUCUAGAAACAUUCCGUUACUACCAAGAUCUUGGGUGCCGCGUGGAUGUUGACUUCAAUCUCUGGGGAAGCGAGAAACCGAAAUGUCAAUCUUGUGCCCUCUUGUGCUUUUGCCCACGCUAUGGUACGCAUUGCACCGUCCACCCCAUCCACAACUGGCCUCCCUUCUGCUUUUCCCCUGCCAAGAUGGUCCCUCGAUCACGCGGUUGGUGCCCGUUUGUUGUCGUACACAUGCACAGCCGCCGAAGACGCGGCUGAAGGGUCAACUGUGCAUCUCUUGGGCCUCUUCUCCAUGCCGUCCCGUUCCUUUUACACGCCUGUUCGUUCAGGGGUAUGAAUUGUGGCACAAGGCAGACAGCGAGGGUACCUUGUUCACGAUCUUUGGGAGAGUAUUCCCAGCUUGGGCCAAGCCAAUACUUUGAUGCAGGAUGGUGAUUGAAGUUUAUCACCACUCCCCUUCUUCACACCUCGAACGAUGCUCCGCAAAUAGCCAUCACGACGCAGAUCAACAGCUACGACACCUACUACUCCCCACCUCGCUGCCCUCGUUGAGUCCCAAAGAAGUGGAAGGCUUCAUGAGACUAUCGAAUCCUGUGACUUAACAUCCGCCCACGUAAAGCCGAAGCGACCCUCUUUGCAGAUGCCUCUUUUUGAACGCACACGAACUUGUGCUGCGGUUCAGCUUCAAGCUUACUCACCCUGCCCUUAACAUGGGCUUACCCGGCGUGACAGGAUGGGGUGUUCGGGUUGCCAUAGCCCGAUAACCCUGCUGUCAAGCUAUCCCCGUUCCUAAGAUCAUGUCUAUCUGUAGCGUAGCUUUCUCACACCCUCACGAUACAUCCAAUACUCUCGGCAUGCCGCCCAGACAGCUGGAUCCAGGUCAUGGGAACUUCGAUAGAUUGCAGUCUAGCAGGUAUCGACAUCCAUGUGCCGAGCCGCUCACAUCUGCCCUUCGCGCGUCCUACACACGCCUCUACCUAGCGGGUACCCGCGUCUUCCGACGAAGAAGACUAGAGACGCCGUGACUCAGACAAUAUCCAAAGGAGGAAAGGGGAGGUCAUCGAGAAUACGAGCACCGAGCACCAUCACCCUGGCUGAUCACAUCUCGAAUUAUCGACUAAGUCUUUGUACCAUCUGAUGGAUCUUCUAUAAGAAUCACCAUCUCCGUCCGUUUUGAGUCACCCUUUCUUCUCAUCCUCACCAGCUCUCCUCUCCAUCCCCCCUCACCCGGUUCUCCUCUCGGUCUAUUCUCUUCAGUUCUUGUUCAUGAUGAAGUCCUUCUUCAGCGCCGCGGCGCUCCUGCUUGGCCUCGUCGCCCCCAGCGCCGUCCUGGCCGCACCUUCUCUCCCGGGCGUGCCCCGUGAGGUCACUCGUGAUCUUCUUCGUCCCGUCGAAGAGAGGCAGUCUUCGUGCCACACUGCCGCCAACCGUGCUUGCUGGGCCCCCGGUUUUGAUAUCAACACGGACUACGAAGUCAGCACUCCCAACACCGGAGUCACACGCACAUAUACUCUGACCUUGACCGAAGUUGACAACUGGCUCGGUCCCGAUGGCGUGGUUAAGCAGAAGGUUAUGCUUGUCAAUGGUGACAUCUUUGGGCCUACCAUUACUGCUAACUGGGGUGAUUGGAUUCAAGUCAAUGUCAUCAACAAUCUCAGGACUAAUGGCACCUCUAUUCAUUGGCACGGUCUCCACCAGAAAGGAACAAACAUGCACGACGGUGCCAACGGUGUCACCGAAUGCCCUAUCCCGCCCAAGGGAGGCAGCCGCAUCUACAGGUUCCGCGCUCAGCAAUAUGGCACCAGUUGGUACCACUCGCAUUUCUCGGCCCAAUAUGGCAACGGCGUCGUUGGAACCAUCGUGGUCAAUGGUCCUGCUUCGGUUCCCUACGAUAUCGAUCUUGGUGUCUUCCCCAUCACCGACUACUACCACAAGCCGGCUGAUGUCCUGGUUGAGGAAACCAUGAACGGCGGCCCCCCUCCCAGUGACACUGUUCUCUUCAAAGGGCACGGAAAGAAUCCCCAGACCGGCGCUGGUAAAUUUGCCAAUGUCACGCUCACCCCCGGCAAGCGUCAUCGUCUCCGCAUCAUCAACACCUCGACCCACGAUCACUUCCAGCUGAAGCUCCAGAAUCACACCAUGACCAUCAUUGCCGCCGACAUGGUUCCCGUUCAGGCCCAGACUGUUGACAGUCUCUUCCUUGCCGUUGGCCAGCGCUACGAUGUCACUAUUGACGCCAACAAGAGUGUUGGGAACUACUGGUUCAACGCCACCUUUGGCGGCGGUCUUGCCUGCGGUGCUUCGCUCAAUCCUCACCCGGCUGCAGUCUUCCGCUACCAGGGAGCUCCUAACACUCUCCCGACCAACAUUGGCACUCCUGCUGCUGAUGCCAACUGCAUGGACCUCAACAACUUGACACCUGUUGUCUCCCGCAGCGUUCCUACUAGUGGUUUCACUCCCCGCCCUAACAACACUCUGCCCGUCUCCUUGACCCUCGGCGGCACACCCCUCUUUGUCUGGAAGGUCAAUGGCAGCUCCAUUAAUGUCGACUGGGACAAACCGAUUGUUGACUACGUCAUUGCCCAAAACACCAGCUAUCCUCCUCAAGCCAACGUCAUCACCGUCAACAGCGUCAACCAGUGGACUUACUGGCUCAUCGAGAACGACCCUACCGGCCCCUUCAGCAUUCCGCACCCGAUGCAUCUUCACGGUCAUGAUUUCCUUGUCGUCGGCCGCUCCCCCGACCAACCGGCCGGCGUUCCUCAGACACGCUACCGCUUCAAUCCCGCCACUGACAUGGCCCUGCUCAAGAGCUCCAACCCGGUCCGUCGCGACGUCGCCAUGCUUCCCGCCAACGGAUGGCUGCUCAUCGCCUUCAAGUCUGACAAUCCCGGUGCUUGGCUUUUCCACUGCCACAUUGCCUGGCACGUGUCUGGCGGUUUGUCGGUGCAGUAUCUCGAGCGCCCCAAUGACUUGCGCAACGGUUUCAGCCAGGCGGACAAGAACCAGCACAACAACAACUGCAAUGCCUGGAGGGCAUACUGGCCUACUAACCCCUUCCCCAAGAUCGAUUCGGGGUUGAAGGUCAAGAAGUGGGUUGGUGAGCAUCCUGAUUGGUAUAUCAAGAACUAAGAGGGGCGGCAUGCAGAGUGAAAGGUUGGGACAUCUAUAUGCAUACAUGGGGGAAUGGGGAGCAUAUCACGGAACUGGGGACCGGGUGACGGCGGGGGUUUCUUGCUCUAUUAUCUUUGCUGUUGUCGAGGUCAAUUCUGGAGGGCCUGUACAACACAAGUCUCACUCGAACAAUGAGUGUGUUUUCUAUUUUCUGUUUUCUUAUACCUCUUUCCUUUUUCUCUUCUCUACUCUGGCCAGGGUACAUUUUUCAAGACAGGGAUCAGUCAGCACUGGGAAUUGGACAUGUCAGUCUCUGAACUGACGCCACGGAUGGAAGGGAAAGAUGAGCUUUGUUAUUGGGUAGAUACCUAGCAUAGCUUUCGACGUGGUGGUUCACGGGAUUCAUCCCUUCCACCGUUGACAAUAAAACCAUGGUGCUGUUUGGUUCUUGCUACUUGUCACGUUUCACGGUUGCAUUUCUGGGACUUGUGUGUGUUGUGGUAAAAGAAUAAAUUAGGUAGUAAGCAUUUCUGGG